AUGCCCCGCCCUCGCGCAGCUCUGCGUGCUCCCGGGUCCCCGCGCGCCCCCCCGCGGCCGCAGCGGGGGGCGGAGCCGGGCCCGAGGCCGGGAGCCUGGCCGGGGGGCGGGGGCCGGGGAAAUGGGCCUGGGGUCGGCGCCGGGGCCGGGGUCGGGGCAGGCGCGGAGCCGGAGUUCGACCAGGAAAAGUACGACGCGGCCGAGAACGUCAAGAUCAUCUGCCUUGGGGACAGCGCCGUGGGCAAGUCCAAGCUCAUGGAGAGAUUUCAUGGAGGAUUGGAAAGAGUGCACAGCACGUGCUCCCACCCCUCCGCCCUUUGCACUUGUGCCCUGGCUCCCAGAGGCUCCUGCUCCCUUGGGUCACAAGGCCUGGUUCCCGCGGGGCCGCAGCCUGAGGUCCGUGUUCUUGUCGCAGAUUUCUGGGACACGGCGGGGCAGGAGCGGUUCCAGAGCAUGCACGCCUCCUACUACCACAAGGCCCACGCCUGCAUCAUGGUGUUUGACGUGCAGAGAAAAGUCACCUACAAGAACCUGAGCAACUGGGAGGCUGGGGGGAGGUUGGGCUUGCACCCCCUUCUUCCACUACUUGCCUUGACCCUCUCCCCCUCUGCAGCCGACACCAAGGUAACCCAGAAAAGCUUCAACUUUGCCAGGAAGUUUUCACUGCCUCUGUACUUUGUCUCAGCCGCCAACGGCACCAACGUGGUGAAGGUCUUCAAUGACACUAUCCGUUUGGCGGUUUCUUACAAACAGAAUUCCCAAGACUUCAUGGACGAGAUCUUACAAGAACUCGAGAACUUUGAGCUGGAGAAGAAGGCGGGGUCCCUGUCGGACUCGGAACCCAGCGAAGCCUCUCUGAACCUUCCAUCCCCCUGAGUCCCCCUCUGUCCUCCCCUCUCCUCACCACCCCAGCACCCCAAGUCACCUUGUCCCAAGUGGCCCGAGCCCCGCCCCCCCCCCGCCAGCUCCUGCUGCCCCCUCCCAGCUUCCCCCGGCUCCGCGGUGCGGCAGGAGGCCCGAGACCCCAAGCUGGAAGGGAUGCAGCCCCGGAGCCAUCCCAGAGACAGAGCGGCGACCAAGAGGGCAGCCAUCCCAGACCGGGGCAGGGUUGGGCCGAGCCCCGGUCGACCAUUCCCCCCCAUUUGGAGCAGGGGCAGUGAGGGCAAUGAGGUGAUGUACGCAUCCACCUGAGGAACAGAAAAAAUAAAUAUUUUUUGUCAACAUUGA